GGGCGGAGGCGGGCGGGUCCCCGGCAGGGCUCGGGAGCUCCGCUCGGCGGCGAGUGCGUGCUCGGCGGCGGCAGCCCCGGGCGGGGGGGCUGAGUGACGUGUCCAGGGAGCGGGGCAGCCGCCGGAGCCCCAGCGGAGCGGACUGGGCCGGGCCGGACCGGGCCGAGCGGCGGGUCGGAGCUCCUGGCCGCGGUGCAGGAGGAUUUUUCAGGCUGCUAAAGACGCAGUGGAUACUCUAGGAUGGACACAGAGGAAUUCCCUCCCCCACCACCAGAAGUUCUAGAGCGUGAACCAAAAGCUACGGGCACAAAUGAUGAAGAGGAGGAUGAGGGAGAACAGUUUGACUUUGACAGUGGAGACGAGAUACCAGAAGCAGACAGGCAAGCCCUUGUGCCACCUCCUCCUGGUCCUGGAAACAGCACAGAGCACCAAGAGGCUCGUGCCGUAGCUAAAGGGACUGAUAAUUUAGAAAACAGUGAGAAGCUACCAACAUUGGAACCUGCUGCAGAAGCCACUCCGGCCAGAGUAAAUCCCUACUCAGUCAUAAAUAUUUCACCAAUUCAAGACAAGGAUCCGUCUUCAUCACCAGAACCAAGUCCUCAAGAUGAAUGUGCAAGUCCAAACUUGCCUGUUGGAUAUUCUGUUCCUGUCCCCUGUGGUUAUGCUGUGCCAUCUAAUUUACCUUUAAUAAUGCCAGCAUACUCCAGUCCUGUCAUAAUACGCAGCGUUUCUGUAGAUGAAGAAGCAGGUACACAGUCAGCAACUGAAGAAUGUCAUUGUAAUUCUGGAAACUCAGAGGAGCCUCAAAAUAGUGAAGAUAACCAGGCCAAGAGAGAGGAUGAUGCUCUGGCUAAGUGGGUUGCAGAUCCUGCAAAUACAGCGUGGAUGGAAAACCCAGAUGAAGUAAUUUAUGAUGAUGUGCCAAGAGAAAAUUCAGACUCUGAACCAGAAGAAAUGAUUUAUGAUGACGUUGAAAAUGGUGAUGAUGGUGGAAACAGCUCACUGGAAUAUGGGUGGAGUUCAAGUGAGUUUGAAAGCUAUGAAGAACAGAGUGAUUCUGAGUGUAAAAAUGGAAUUCCCAGCUCUUUUUUGCGAGGCAACCACAAGAGACAUCUUUCUCAUGACCUAACGCGUUUAAAGGAGCAUUAUGAAAAAAAGAUGAAAGAUUUGAUGGCAAACACUGUGGGAGCAGUAGAGAUUCAGCAACUAAAGCAAAAACAUGAGCUGAAGAUGCAAAAGCUGAUGAGAGCUGCUAGAGAAGGUACCAAAGAUGGACUUGAAAAGACAAAAGCAGCUGUGAAAAAGGGUCGUUCUUUCAUUAGAACAAAAUCUUUUAUUUCUCAAGAUCAUAGAUCAUCGUGUCUGGAAGAAGAAGAGCUCAGUUUAUUUAUUGAUGUGGACUGUAUGCAUACAGAAGCAAUUAUGACUCCUAUGCCUGAAGGAUUAUCACAGCAGCAGGUUGUGAGAAGGUAUAUUUUGGGCUCUGUAGUUGACAGUGAGAAGAAUUACGUGGAUGCUCUCAAAAGAAUCCUGGAGCAAUAUGAGAAGCCCCUUUCAGAUAUGGAACCAAAAUUAUUGAGUGAAAGAAAACUCAAAAUGGUCUUUUAUCGACUUAAGGAAAUUCUUCAGUGCCAUUCAAUGUUUCAGAUUGCGCUGGCGAGUCGCGUAUCUGAGUGGGACUCUGUUGAAAUGAUUGGUGAUGUCUUUGUUGCUUCAUUUUCUAAAUCUAUUGUAUUGGAUGCGUACAGUGAGUAUGUAAACAACUUCAGUACAGCAGUAGGGAUUCUCAAGAAGACAUGUGCCACCAAACCUGCAUUUUUAGACUUCUUGAAGCAGUGCCAGGAGUCAAGCCCUGAUCGUAUUACACUGUAUGGUUUAAUGAUGAAACCUAUCCAGCGCUUUCCACAGUUCAUUCUACUGUUGCAGGAUAUGUUGAAGAACACUAAUAAAGGACAUCCUGACAGAUUACCUCUACAGAUGGCUCUUACAGAACUUGAAACACUGGCAGAGAAGUUAAAUGAAAGAAAAAGGGAUGCAGAUCAGCGCUGUGAAAUAAAACAAAUAGCAAAAGCAAUGAACGAACGUUAUCUGAACAAGCUACUCAGCAGCGGAAACAGAUACCUCGUACGGACUGAUGACAUGGUUGAGACGGUUUACAAUGACAAAGGUGAAAUUAUCAAAACCAAAGAACGACGGCUUUUCAUGUUAAAUGAUGUGCUGAUGUGUGCAACAGUAAAUAUUCGCUCUUCCUAUGAAAGCAGUGGCACCGUGACAACCGGCCAGAGGUAUUUAUUGAAGUGGAGCGUACCGCUGGGACAGGUGGAAGUCAUAGAGUAUGGCAGCAGCGAGGGCCAAGGCGAGAACUGUAGAUUUCCCCCCCAGCACUCUGCUGAAAAUCUUGUCAUUAACUCAAAGCCAAACAAGCUCUAUAUGGGACCAGGGCAGCUGUACCAUGAUCUGCAGAACCUUUUGCAUGACUUGAAUGUAGUUGGUCAAAUUAGUCAAUUAAUAGGCAGCCUUAAAGGAAACUAUCAGAACUUAAACCAAUCUGUAGCCCAUGACUGGACCUCAGGUUUACAAAAACUGAUUUUGAAAAAAGAAGAUGAAAUCAGAGCGGCAGAUCGCUGUAGAAUUCAGCUGCAACUUCCAGGAAAACAGGACAAGUCUGGGCGGCCCACUUUCUUUACAGCGGUGUUCAACACAUUUACCCCUGCCAUCAAACAGUCUUGGAUCAACAAUUUACAAAUGGCUAAACUGGCCCUGGAGAGGUACAAGUACUUAUUCAGUGCAAAUAUUGCGGGAUGUUUGUUUGUUCUUUCCAUAACAGCGGAAGAUAACCUGUUAGGUUGGUUCUGUGUAGAAGAUGAUGGAAAUCAGAUCAAAAAAGAGAAACAUCCUCUUCUUGUUAGACACAUGCCAGUGAUGAUGGCCAAGCAACAGGAGUUUAAGGUUGAAUGUGCUGCUUAUAAUCCUGAACCAUACCUCCCUGGUGAGACAGAGUCAGAUUCCUGUGCCAUGGAACAUGGUUUCCUUUGGAUUGGCAGUUGUACUAAUCAGAUGGGCCAGAUUGCAAUAGUCUCAUUUCAAAGCUCCGGCCCCAAGGUUAUUGAGUGCUUCAAUGUGGAAUCACGAAUUCUCUGCAUGGUCUACAUACCAGAGGAGGAGAAAACGAAAGAGCAAAAUAAGGCUUUUGACUCUGAAAAUGUUCUUGCAAAAGCUUCUAAUGUGCCUACUAUUUGCCUUGGCAUGGAAGAAGGAAGUAUUUCUGUUUACAAGAGUUGCCAAGGCUCAAAGAAAAUUCGACUUCAACACUUCUUCACUCCUGAAAAAUCAACUGUUAUGAGCUUAACAUAUAUGUCUCAAUACUUGUUUGCUGGCUUGGUAAAUGGAAACAUCUCAAUCUACACAAAAGCAGAAGACGGGACCUGGAACACAGAACCCCAGAAGAUAGUUAAACUGGGUGUUCUACCUGUCAGAAGUCUGCUUGUGAUGGAGGAGACCAUUUGGGCUGCAUGUGGUGGACAGAUUUUUAUAAUCAGCACUGUGACACAUUCCAUAGAGAGCCAUUUUGAAGCCCAUCAAGAGGAAGGGAUGGUCAUCUCUCACAUGGCUGUUGCUGGAGUGGGAGUCUGGAUUGCCUUCACAUCUGGAUCUACACUGCGGCUCUUCCACACUGAGACACUGAAACACCUCCAAGACAUUAACAUUGCCACCCCUGUUCACAAUAUGUUGCCAGUGUCUUCACAAAGAGCACACCAGUGAAUGAAAAUGGAAAGUUAUUUCAGUAGAACAUUGUUACAGCAAAUGUUCCAAGGGAGAAUCCAUUCUGAAAAUGAAAUGAAUUUCAGUUAUUUAGCAGCAGCUCUUGGGCCUGUUUAUAUGAUCCCAAUAACACUGCAACAACAAACACUGAAAAAAGGAAUAGGAGUUUUACAUAACAAAGCAGCAGUAAGGACCUUUUGGACGUACAAGCAGCCAAAGAAUAAAUCAAGCUCUGUGUAGUUUCUACUGAGAUUCAAAAAAGGAGAAACAAAAAGAAAAACACAACCAUCAAAGUGAAACAGGAGUGAAAUAGCUGUGUGUUUACAAAAUAUGUGUUUGGCUUUACUGAGGAUUUUUAGAACUUUUAGUUUUAAAGAAAACAAAGCCCUGUUAGUUUCUGAAAUUCAGUAAGAGUUCCUUAAUAUGCAAAAAUAACAGGUAAACAUUCGACUUGUAUUCAAAUGAGAGAAAGGAAAUGGAUGUAAAAAUAUUGCUAAAAGUCUUAAGAAGAGAGGUUAAAAAGUCAAGAUCUCCAUCUAACUUCAAAGAAGCUGGACUUCUUUUGCCAAGAUGUGAUAUUGGCCUGAUAGUCUACUUGAAGAUGUCAUCUAUGUCUUCAUUUAAAGCAAUGUACAUGAGAGGAACCUCACUCCAUGAAGUUAAUGAAAUAAUUUUGUUAUUAUACAGUAGAAGGAAAAGAAAAACUUACCAUCCUUGUCAGGAAUGGUUGCAGUGAGUUACAGUGCUGUAUUAAAAGGAUAGCUGUAGUAACUACGAUGAGUGGGAGGUUCUCAUAACCUUAGUAACCAGUUUGCAUAGCAUUAGAUUUUCCAAGUUUUUUUCUUAGGAGAAGAUGGCUUGAAAUGUCAGUGCCUGCUCUUCUGGUUGUAAAGGCUGUGCCUCCUUUGCUUUGGGGAAGACAGCCCUGCAGGGCAGAGUCACAAAGGAGUGAAGCAUGAGAGAGAUUCACGGGAGGCGAUUGCCCUUAUGAUUCAGCAAAGUUUAGACAUGUAGUAAAGCAGACUGUGUCUGGCAGAACCUGUUAUCUGCUGGGCAUAACUUUUAAAAUCUGUGGCAUUCUUCCUAAGGGAAGAAUGGAGCUGGGAGGGCUCUUGCUUUCUGGAGUUACGGGAAGUUCAUGUGUAUCAAGGCAGGACUGGAAAUUAAACCAGGGUCACGAAGGCAACUGUGGGGUACACAUUUAGUCCAGAGUGGUCUUUACUUCAUAUAUCAUUGGAAAUACUUCCUAAUAAUGUAUAACAAGCUUGUGUUCUUUACCAAAACACCAAAAAAGCACAAAUGCCGUAUGGGAAUGGAAGAGAAUGGUUGAGAGGAAGAGCAUCGUUAUUGUUGCAGGUCCAGGUAUUUAGUCACAGUGCUGCUGGAUUGCUUUGAAGUGGCCCAAGCACGGCUCUUAGCUGAACAGAGGGCACACUGAGUGGCAGAAAAAAAAAAUCUAUUAACAUUGGAAGGCAAAUAUACGCACUUCACUAGUGUAAUGUACUUCAUUUAUGCUUUGUGUUUGUGAUCUGAAGUUGAAAUCUCAACAAUGGCAGCUUUUCACAAGCCUUUAUCGCUCACACCAAAAAAAACCCAACCAAAACCCAACAUACUGUACAUGAAUAGUCAGUCCACUUGUUUUUUCGUAGUCAUGUUCGCUAUUUCAUUAUUCAAGAGCAUCCUUAAACAUGUUUUUCCUUUCAGCUCUAAAGCAGUUUGUCCUUUUAAAGAGAUUACUCUGACCUUGAUACAGUGUAAUUUCAUUGCUCAUAUGGAUGAUGACAGGUUACUUGUUUAACAGAGAGGUUAUUUCUGCUUAGGUUGCUGUGUUCUGUUUAUAUCCAUAUAUCCUCUAAUGGCAUGUGUGUUUCCUGGAAACAGAUGAGGAAAGCAAAGCAAAAAACAAAAGUAUCAUUUCCUGUCUUCAGACAACAAACUGUACUUUGAGGCUUCCAGCUUUGUCUCCACCCCAUCAGGUGCCAGACCAUAAAAUGCAGUAGGUGUAUGAUUUUACUGCUGGGAAAUGAUAAAAAGAUUGGGAAAAACUUUAGGUCAGCCCAAAAAAUCUGUACAGUGGGUUUAUUUUUAUAUAGUAAGAGCAGCGUGUUCGUGUAAGAGGAUAUGCACUGGGAUGCCCUUGCACCUACCUGGGCUUGGCUUCAGAAGCCACACGUGAGGGAACAUGUGAGGAUUUACCUGGAUCUGGUGGUUGUUGUAAUGAGACCCGAGAAAGGUGAACACAGAGCAGAACACAGGCAAUAAAACCGCUUGUCCAUGUGUAAGCUUAAUUGUUGGCUUUAGCUCUUUGUAAAGUCAAGAUCUUGGUCAGAUUAUUUUAUAGGUUUUAACAGUUCUGUCUGCAUUGGGACAGUGUGAUCAAAAAGUUGUCAUUUCAAGAUAAGAGUAUUUGGUUUGGUUUGGCAUUUAUGUUUAUAAUUUUUCUUUCUUAACUAGUUAAUUUCUGUGCUUACUGCAUAACGCAUUCUCGAAAAUUGGUUUCACAUUUUUUUCUCUAAAUUCAAAAUACCUUAAAAAGUCACAGAAAACUAUGAUUUCAAACCUUGGCUAGCAGAUAACAAACUAAUAUUUUAAAGUAAUAUUUUAAUAAGGUUUUUAAAUUUAUACUUAAUUUUUCUAGUUAUAUGCUAUUUUGAAGUAUGUUUUCAGAUGCAGAUGUUUCCUACUUUUCCAAGAUUUCAAAGCAAGUGGCUUUUCUCUUGACCUCACUAUGGAUGAUUCAUGCUUAAGGUUGUGCUCAGUGUUUAACGUUCUAAGUUGCUGGAUGAUAAUUCACUGUUUUCACCUAUGGAAACAGGAAUUCAAAUUGCCAGUUUUUCCCUGGUAAAAGUUACCGGUUGUAAGUUGUUUCAGGGUUGGAGUAUGAAAUCAUGCACAUUAUUUUACAUUUUAAAUGCUUAAAAGUCAUUAAAGAUCUGUUGGUUAAAAAUGUGACCGUCUUGCUUCUGCCAAGGGGUUUGAGAGGCAAAAGUACAAUUGGAGUUUUUGAUAAUUUUACAAGUUUAAAAGCUGUACUUAAGUAUUUCUCUUUAUUGAUUGUAAACCAAGCUUUUAAGCGAAAUGGAGUGAGGUUAAGUGAAUUUGCAGUUAUCAUGCACUUGCUGUGGCACUGGGAGUGGGAGUGGACUCACAUGUCACAUAACUUGAGCAAGUCUGAGCCCUGAAUCACAGAAUUCAAAUACGGAUUUCAAAUUGGAAAACUCCAAUACACAGAGGUGUUUGGGCAUCCCUGUUUGGAAUUCUUCUCUGCUGAAGGAGCCUUUGUGUGCUUUGUUUUGGAAAAUAAAUUAAUCCCAUUAAUGUCUCUAAAAACCAUGCACCAAAAAAACCCCAACCACCAAAACCAAACCAACCAACCAAAAUACCCCAUCAAAAGAGCAAACUCCAGGCUUCAGAAGGCUUCUAUUUUAUUUAUAGGCACAGACCAUCCAUGCUUAUGUAGCUGAAGAGGGAUGCAGCAGUCCUACCAGCACAAACACCUGCAGUUUAUAGAAAACAACAGGGGUGUCUCUGAAGCUCUGCAUGAGUAAAUGGAGCCUCUUCAACUUGUGCCUGCUGAGGGUGACCUAAUUGUUGUGCCUUUAGGGUAUUUCAGAAUGCGAGUUUGGGCAGGUAGAGCUGGGAUUCCAGAUCUGGCCCUGCAUGUGCCUUUUACAGCACACCAUUGCUGGGUUAAUGAUUUGGUUUUGUAAAGGUUUGUGAGGAAAGACUUGAACCGUCAUUCCCCUCCUGCUUUCCAGUUGAGUGCUUUGGGCUACAGUCAAGCUGCUCCUUCCCAGCUUUCCCACUGGGUCUGUGAUUCAUAUGUUCUGGGAUGUAAAUUGGCUCAACUUCAAGGGGCAAGAUGGAAAAUGCAUUCAUUUGUAAGACACCAUAAUUAAGGUCCUUUUCCAAAGUGUGGAACAUGCGAGUUCAUCCAAGUUAUAUCAGGCAUGCAAUCCAAAUUAUCUACUUACUGAUGAAGUGAUUAACAAAUUGAGAGCUAUGAUGAAGAUGGGAGUGACUGUUCUCUUGUAUGUAAAGUUAAUCAUGAAUCCAAGAACAUGUGGGUUUUGAACGUGUAGGAUUUCGGCAGACUUUAAAUGCCCCUCUGCGUAAACUUGGGCCAUGGCAGAAGUUAGGGCAGGCAGUAGUUUCUGUUCCUGAAACUUGGCAAGGCCAUUUUGAAAAUCCAUCAAAACUGAAUUAAAUGUAUUUAGUAAGCAUUGCAAGAAAAAAUUACUUGGUGUUCAUUAGAAAAAUAGCAAUCCCAUAAAUAACUUGUAGAAAAUCAUAGAAUUAUUUUUAUUGCAAAUUACUCUGAAGGUCAUCUUGCCUAUCCUUUUUGAAGCAGGCCUGAUUAGACUUGGUGUUCAAGGACUUGUCCUGUCAAAUUUUAUCUUUGGGUAGGAUGGAGAUUCUGCAGCCUCUCUGAGCAACCCCAUACGGUGUUUGACCACCCUUAUGAUGAAGCUUUUCCCCACUUACAAUCCAAAUUUUCCAUGUUCCAAAUGGGUCAGUUCUGUCUUAUCCUAUCACUGUGCACAUCUGAAUAGAGUCUGACUCUGUGCAGCCCCCUGUCAGACGGGUGCAGACAGCACUUCUCCCCUCUCUGUGUACACCACGUGUUCCUGUCUCCUCAUCACCUUGCUCACCUCCCAUGGGUGGUUCCAAUAUGCCAAUGCCUUUUUUCUAUGGGGGAGGGGAACCCAAACUCAAACAGGGGCACACAGCACUUCUGAUAAAGGAAAAAAAAGUAAUCAUUGCUUGGUUUGAGUCUGGAGUAUAGUGUGUUAUGGCAAUAUAUUAUUGAGUACUGUGAAGCAAAAUGCUGUUCAGUUCUUUUAUUGAGAAUAAACAAACACUGUCUAUUUAUAAAAGCAUAUUUGUAAAGAUAAUCUAAUAUAUCUAAUUUAGAUACCAUGGUUUAGAGAUUCAGGGCAGAAUGUUUCAGAAGUUUACAUAUAUGACCAUUUAAAUACUAUCAAAGUUUAAUACCACAAUCUGGCAAGAUAUUUGCCUUUGUGAUUCUUUUCUGAAUGACACGGUGCAGCUGAUUGUGUUUGCUCGAAGUGACUUAGAUCCCUGCAGAGAUCAUUGCUCUCACGUAACGGGGCAUUUGCUGCACU